AUGCAGGCGGGGGAGCGGGACGGGGCGGCGGGCAGCCCCGAGGGGGCGGCGGCGGCGGGCGGGGAUGCCCCCCUGGAGCUGCCGUCACCGCCGCCCAAGGCCGCAGCCUCUGCUUUCGACCUGCUGGAGCUGGUGCGGAGCUACCGGCGGUUGGAGCUCUACCUGGAGCCGCUGCGGGACGCCGCCGAGGGCGUGCGCUCCCUCCUCCGGUGGCAGCGGCCCCUGUGCUCCCUCCUCGUCUGCCUCGGCCUCAACUUCCUCCUGCUGACCCUCGGCAAAGCCGCCUGGUACUCGGUGCUGGCGCUGCUGGUGGUUGUGCCGGCGCUGCUGGGCUACCUGCAGGAGACGUGCCGGGCCCAGCCCUCGGAGCCGGAGCUGGUGCGCAGGAGGUACCACAGCGUGCGACGAGAGGACCUGCGCAAGGUGCAGCUCUCAAAGCAGGAGGCCAUCGCCCAGGUCAAGAGCUUCCUGAUCCAGCUGGAGGGGUUCCUGAGCGGGAUGUGCUGCAGCUGCGAGGCAGUGUACCGUGUACUGUAUUGGGAGAACCCCACUGUCUCUUCCCAAUUUUAUGGGGCACUGCUGGGCACUGUCUGUGUCCUUUACCUGCUGCCCCUCUGCUGGGUCCUGGCCAUCCUCAACAGCACCCUUUUCCUGGGCAACACCCAGUUCUACCAAGUGAUACUGGAGGUCAGGGCCUCGAUUGAGCAGUGUGUGGGAGCCAAACCCCUUGAGAGCAUUCCAGAGCCUGCUGAGCCCCUGCCUGCUGCUGCCCCCCUGGACCAGACCCCCACACCCACCAGCACAGAGGACCUUACCCCUGGCAGUGUGGAGGAGGCGGAGGAGGCAGAGCCUGAUGAAGAGUUCAAAGAUGCUAUCGAGGAGGAUGAUGAGAGCUCUCAGUGCUCAGCAGAUUUUGACCUCAGCCUCCCAGACAACGGUUUUAUGAGCAAAAACGAGGUGAUCCGCAGCAAAGUGUCGCGCCUUACCGAGCGCCUGCGCAAGCGCUACCCCAGCAACAACUUUGGGAGCUGCACUGGCUGUGGAGCCACCUUCUCUGUGCUCAAGAAGAGGCGGAGCUGCAGUAACUGUGGGAACAGCUUCUGCUCCAGGUGUUGUUCCUUCAAAGUUCCCAAGGCUGUGAUGGGAGCCACAGCUCCAGAGGCUCAGAGGGAGACGGUGUUUGUGUGUGCUCUGUGCAACCAGGUGCUCAUCAAGUGACUGCACCAACGCCAGCCAGCUCCUGAGUCCUGCGCUGCCUGAUGCCGGGCUACUUGGUUCCCAGCGUGGCAUCACCCUGCCAGAGGCUGCCUGUGUCCACUCCUGCCUGUACCAUCUGGGGGCAGACCAGACCUCCUUGCCACGCAGCAUGUGCUGCACCAGCUGCCUCUCUGUGGCAGAGAGGCUGUGCCCCAUCCCCAUGACUGACCCAUGGCAGCUGCUCCAGGCCCUGGCACUUGCUGUGCCCUUCCACGUGCUUGUCAGGCCCUGUGGCCUGGCUCAGUGAUGGAGGAGCCAUCCUUCCCACUUUUGGUCCUAAGUGGGGCAGAAUAACCUCAGGGCUCUGUCCCUACCUUUCCCAGCACGGUGCUAGGUGACUGUAUUUUAGGGAUCAAGUUGGAUUUCUGCAUUCAUUUAGGAUGUGGUCUUUGGUCCUGGCUCUGCUCAGCUCCUGCUAGUUACUCCUGUGCUGCUUGGCCUCACUGCCUGCAGGUUUAAUCUUUUCUCCCCCAAUGUUUGGCUGUAGAGUAGAGGAGGCAAGAAGGUAAGUUUUGGCUGGGCACUGUGGCCCCGUCUCCAGGUGCAGCAUCAGAAGAAGCACAAGUUGCUGCUCUGUGCACGUACUGACUGCUGCUUUCUACUACAGAUUAAUAUAUAGGUGUAUAUAGACAGUGACCAAUAAAUCUCUUGCCCUCA